GGUGCACUCCCGAUAUGCUGUGCGGGUCGUCGGGCCCAAGAUGGCGUUGGUUGUGCUAAGGGCCGGCCUGAGGCGGCCAUUCUGGGCCUGUGGAAGCCGGUCCUUCGAGGCCCUGCCCGACGGGCCGACCGAGAGCCGGGGCCCCGGGGUGGUGGAGUCGGAGUCCGACUACCGGUGGGUGGAGCGGCUGAUCCCCCCGAUCCUGAUCCCGCAGCCCCCGCCUCACCCCAGCUACCCCACGCCCAGCGGCUGGCGGCCCCCCAAAGACCCGCCCCCCAACCUCCCGUACUUCAUUCGGCGCUCCCGGAUGCACAACGUACCCGUGUACACGGAUAAAACCCACGGCAACCGGGAGAUGACCGUCAUCCGCCGGGUGGAGGGGGACAUCUGGGCGCUGCAGCGGGACGUGGAGGAGUUUCUGAGCCCCCUGAUGGGGAAGACGCCCGUCACGCAGGUCAACGAGAUGACGGGGACCCUGCGCAUCAAAGGCUUCUGGGACCAGCAGCUCAAGGCCUGGCUCCUAGAGAAGGGGUUCUGAGGGCGGGGGGGGGGGGCCGCAUUAAAGCGUCACACACAA